GAAGAACCCAGUCAGCUUGAGUCCUCGCGUCACACCCUAACACAGCAUAAGGCAUAGUUUGCUUUUCAGUUUCUGUAUUUGAAAUAUUUUGAAUCUGUAAAAUCGUAUUUGAAAAAGGGGUAUGGAGCAAGCAAAGUUGAAUCAAUUGAAGCAAUUCGUCGAACAGUGCAAGUCCAAUCCUUCUAUUCUCUCUGAUCCUUCACUUUCCUUUUUCCGUGACUACAUUGAAAGUCUCGGUGGUAAAUUACCUCCAUCUGCUUACGAUGCCGGAGAUUACAAAGCGAAGUCUCAUGUGGUGGAUGAGAGUGAUGACGAGAUAGAUGAUGUUGAGAACGAUGCUAACACGAAAGAGACAGUUGAAGAAGAGGAGGAGCCUGAGAUAGUUGAAUCUGAUGUUGAGCUUGAUGAGAGUGACACUGUAGAACCUGACAAUGAUGAGCCACAGAAGAUGGGAGACUCUUCUGUGGAGGUGACUGAAGAAAGCCGCGAUGCUUCUCAGGAGUCCAAAGCUCAGGCCAUGGAAGCAAUUUCUGAAGGUAAGCUAGAAGAUGCAAUUGAGCAUAUUACAAAGGCAGUUCUCCUCAAUCCUAAAUCUGCAAUUAUGUAUGCUACUAGAGCUAGUAUUUAUAUCAAGAUGAAGAAGCCAAAUGCUGCCAUACGAGAUGCAACUGCAGCGUUGGAGAUAAACCCAGAUUCUGCUAAAGGUUACAAAACUCGUGGCAUUGCAAGAGCCAUGCUGGGACAAUGGGAGGCAGCUGCUAAGGAUCUUCACUUGGCUUCGAAGCUGGACUAUGAUGAAGAAAUAAGUGCUGUGCUUAAGAAGGUUGAGCCAAAUGCACAUAGAAUUGAAGAACACCGCAGGAAGUAUGAUAGGCUGCGCAAAGAACGAGAAGAUAGAAAGAUUGAGCGUGAGAGACUGAGAAGAAAGGCUGAAGCUCAGGCUGCUUAUGAAAAGGCCAAGAAGCAAGAAGAAUCCUCAUCAAGCGGGAGAGCUGGUGGCUUCCCCGGUGGGAUGCCAGGAGGUUUUCCUGGGGGUAUGCCUGGCAUGGGGGGCAUGCCUGGAGGUAUGCCUGGCAUGGGGGGCAUGCCUGGGGGUAUGCCUGGCAUGGGGGGCAUGCCUGGAGGUAUGCCUGGGGGCAUGCCUGGAGGUAUGCCUGGGGGCAUGGAUUACAGCAAAAUAUUAAAUGACCCCGAGUUAAUGGCGGCUUUCAAGGAUCCAGAUGUCAUGGCUGCCCUGCAAGAUGUGAUGAAGAACCCUGCUAAUUUGGCCAAGCAUCAAGCAAAUCCUAAGGUUGCUCCUAUUAUUGCGAAAAUGAUGGGCAAAUUUGCUGGAAAUUAGUGAGAGCUUUUGGGCUUUUGUGAGUACCGUAUCUAGAUUUUGAUAGAGAACAUGUGAUUUAUCGUAAGCUUGCUCAGAGUCAUGCUCCAAGAUUGUGUCUAAUCCAAGUUUAGGUUCACAGUAUCUGUUGUGCAAUGUUGAUAAUUGAAAUUGAUAUGUUUUUAUAGAUGACUUGUUAUUGCUAACUAUCAACUUAGCUUUCCUACUAGUGAGUGGUAUCCUGCUAUACAAAAAAUGCUUUCGAUUUGGAUCU